GCCCGUCUUUAAGAAAUGGUGUUGUCAUCAUGUCUGCCUCAGGGAUGUCUACCAGGACCCUAACCCUACAAAUGCCGACCCCCGCGAACCGCACAAAACUGUGAUGGGUGACGACAUCAGGUGACUACGCGUCACGUCCAGAUGGAUCUGUUUCACGAGUCGCUUGUCGGGAGCGCGUCAUUGGAGGUGCCACCAUGCCCUGGUUGGCGUUGCUGCCUGAGGACUUGGAGGGGAUGGUCUCUCCUUCCUUCUUGGCCGCCUACCCGGACCUCUAGGCUCGAGCCGUUCAACAAGCCUCUCCAUCUCUUUCAUACCUCGUUACUUGUUUGCAGAAUGUCGCUCACCACUCACGCCGGCAACCUCACCCUCACCACUGUCCUCUGGUUCGACAAUCAAGCUGAAGAAGCAGCCAAAUUCUACACGUCCGUGUUUCCCAACUCCAAGAUCCUGCGCAGCCAGCGUUAUUCAGAGGCCGGCCAGGAAGUUCAUGGACAGGAACCCGGUUCCAUCCUCUUUGUCGAGUUUGACAUUGACGGUCACCGCUUCUCAGGUCUGAAUGGCGGGCCUCACGUCACCUUCAAUCAUGCCGUGUCCUUCAUGAUUGACUGUGCCGAUCAGAAAGAAGUCGACUAUUACUGGGGGAAGCUGAGCGAGGGGGGAGAUGUCACAAAGCAAGAGUGCGGGUGGCUGGCUGACAAGUUUGGCGUGUCGUGGCAGGUUGUGCCCAAGAGGCUCAAGGAGAUGCUAGUCAGCGAGGAUGUGGCGGCAGCUGGACGAGCAUCAGUGGCUAUGAUGGGGAUGAAGAAGCUCGAUAUUGAGGGACUGGAAAAGGCGUUCAAGGGCGAAUAGUCAGUCAGCGGUCCUGUCACGAGCCUUUUUGACAUGGGGUAGCGAUUGCGUUCGUCCGGACUGAACGUGGUCUAUCUCUAAUUACACUCAAC